AUGUUAGCUCUCGUGUCGACGGCAAUUCACGCCGCGAUCGAUGAAUGGAGCUCGGGUACAGUUAUGCAGCUCGACUUCAGCGGGAACCGAUUUGCCGCGGUCUAUACUGCUCACAAGGACACCCUCAAGCACAUACAGAAGACCUCGCCGAAGUUCUACCAUGAAACAAUGGCGUAUCUCUUCAAGACAGCACGGGGUGCUACGUACGAUCGUGCUGGGGGGGAUGUCGUGAAUUCGGCCAUCACUCUGAUGGAUCUCUCCGGGCUGGACUGA